UCCUUCUAGUCGAGGAGGAAGUGAGGAGAAACGAAACAACACUGAUAAACAGGCCAGGCCGAACGAGGAGAAACUACGUUUACGUGCGUUUAGACUCAGUUACUCAUUGAUGUGAAUUUUAAACGCUUCUCUAAACUCGGCUACGUCAGAUAAAACGUUAAAAUCAGCGCUGCUUUCGACAAAGGUUGUUAUAGUUGAGGUCGGAAGUGGGAAACGGGAGAAUAUGUAGGAGUCGUUUCUAUCUUCCUGCCCUCCUCUACUUGCCUCCGAGCGAGGAGAAACAGAAACUGCACAAGAAACUGAUUGAUCUGACAGCUGGUCAAACAGUUUGCGGCUUCUCUGGUCUCAUCGACGAUGGCGGAUAGCGUUGGGGAGGAGGCCAACGGUUCUGUGGGGACGGCGCAGGACCACGGAGCGCAGUUGUCCGCGAGUUUGGGUAAUUCUGUACCGGGGCACUCGGCAGCCUCACCGCCUUCCACAGGGACCCCCGUGGCUGUGGUCGGUCCCGGGAUCCCGUAUACCAUCACUCCGGCUGUGGAGAGCGGACUCGGUGUGCUGACCCAUGCGGUCGAUCCCACGAUCCCCGUCGUGGCCGUUCCUCCAACCCUGCCGCCCGGUAUCGGAUCGGGAGUCCCGGCCGGAGCGGGCCUCUUGUCCCAAAUUCACGCCACCUCCUGGGAUCCCACGUUAAGCACCGACUGGGACAAAGAGAAAGCAUCUCCGCAGUGUAUUCUCCGGAUAAAAAGAGACAUUAUGUCCAUUUAUAAAGAACCUCCUCCAGGUAUGUUUGUGGUUCCUGAUCCUCAUGAUAUGACCAAGAUUCACGCCCUAAUUACCGGCCCUUUUGACACACCAUAUGAGGGCGGCUUCUUCCUCUUCCUGUUCCGCUGUCCUCCCGACUAUCCUAUCCACCCUCCACGUGUCAAACUAAUCACUACCGGGCACAACACUGUUCGUUUCAACCCCAACUUCUACCGCAACGGCAAAGUUUGCCUCAGCAUCCUUGGCACUUGGACUGGUCCAGCGUGGAGUCCCGCCCAGAGCAUCUCCUCUGUUCUCAUUUCCAUACAGUCCCUAAUGACAGAGAACCCUUACCACAAUGAGCCGGGCUUUGAGCAGGAAAGGCAUCCAGGUGACAGCAAAAACUAUAACGAGUGUAUCCGCCACGAGACCAUGCGAGUUGCUGUGUGCGACAUGUUAGAGGGCAAAGUGCCGUGUCCCGAGGCCUUGUGGAGCGUGAUGGAGAAAUCCUUCCUGGAGUACUAUGAUUUCUAUGAGGGGGUCUGCAAAGAGCGUCUGCAUCUCCAAGGGCAGAACAUGCAGGAUCCUUUUGGAGAGAAGAGGGGUCGUUUUGACUACCAGGGUCUGUUGACCCGUCUCAGAGCCAUCCAGAGGCGAUUGCGGGAAAAGUGCCCGCCGGAGGACAACGACGGCGACUCCGACUCGGACACCAGCUCUUCCGGCACCGAUCCGGACAGUCAGGGCAGCUCACAGCCUUAGAGUGCCCUCUAGGGGUUGCGAAGCGAGCAAGGUUAGAUCGUUUCCCUUUACCUGCAGCUCGGGACUCCUCUCAAGCGAGCACAGAUGCAAAAAGAGCUGAGAUUCUACUGACCGAGGACAGAAUUUCUGUCCCACUCGAUUGGUUAAUAUUUUUUUCCUCUUGCUCCUUGUGUGCUGGCCAAUGACUGCCUUUUGUUUUUCUGUUUGUUUUUUUUCUCCCCCUAAUGGAGAAGAGGUUCAGUCAGGAGGGGGAAUGAGGUGUAUAGAUGUACGUGUGCGUGUGUACAUUUGUAAGUGACAAAGAUGUUGUACGCAGGCUCCUCAGCAGGUCAUCACAGCCUCGACUUUUUGUUUCUCUGUCCCUUCCUGCAUCCAGUGUAGAGCUAACAGAAAAAAAGUCUACUAAAUCAAAAAAUUAAUGAUGAUGAUAAUAAAAUCACUCUUAAAACAAACCAGUUUACUUGCGAAUACACACAUUUCACACUUAGCCUGUGAGUUUCCUGGUCUUUUUGUUUCUCUAUUUCUAAAGCUCACUCAUGAAAUCAUUGAAAACUGAGUCUAAUCACAAAUUGAGAAUUGAAUACCACAAGAGCAAAACAAACGGAUGCAACUUUAAAAGAAAUGUAUAUAUAAUUGUUCAUAGAGAAGUUUUAUUUUAAUGUUCAAUGUUCUUAAAAUGCUAUUGAACUGGUGGAAGUAUCAGCAGCCUGCCAAGCACUUAUGGGAACGGUUGCCUUUUGAGUGUCGUCGACUUUGUUGGAAAUACAGUUUCGUUUGGUGAACUUCAAUCUGUCUCUAAUUGUGAAGCUGUUGAGUGUCAAAUGCGACAUCUGUUCUGUUAUUGUUCAGGGAAUAACCCUGAAUUUUCAACAAGCUAGAAACUUCUUUUGCUCACUUUUCUUUGUUCUUUUACUCAUAAUGCUUAGACAGCGAUUCCACUCCAGCCUCCGCUCAAAGUGUCCCACGAUACUGCUACAAAUGUCGUUCUCUUUACCGGGGAUACUGUGGCCACUGGUGUCCUCAUAUGCAACAGGAUGAAGGAAUGGUAUAAUAUUCAGCCGUUACUUGACACCGUGGUUCAUGACUCUCUAUGCUCCUAAAUAUUUUGCAAAAACCUAUUGCAAUCCAUCCCUUUAAAUAACAGGCAUAUAGUUUUCCACAGCAUGCUAAACACAGGCACACUGGCAGCCUUUAGUAUUUUGUAUACAUGCACAAUUAUAAUGCAUUUUAUUCAUAAGCAAGCAGAUUACAUGUAGUCUUCAGUUAAGUGAACCACAAAACAUUCUUUGAUGGGCCCAAGUACAGUUCUGAGGUUUUUGCAUGUGCUAGCAUUUUGAUGCAUUUGAUUUCUCUGAAGAUAAAGAGAAUAUAUAUUCUGGUCUAGGACAUCAUAUUUUGAUAAGACAACACUGUUAGGUUGCUAGGUUCAUUUGUUUGUUUUGAAUGACCAAUUUGACUCUGAAGUCUAUGUUUCUCUUCUAGAACGCCCUGCAACAGGAAACAGUUCCCUGACUACGAGUUUGACUUUGUGAUGUACUAAUGCUUUCCCUUGUUAGCAAAAUGAGAAUGAAUUAUGUAAAUAAUUAAUGUAUCAAUCAGUUGCAACUGUAAUAAGAAAUGAUAUAUAAAUCUGAUUCUGAUUA